AUGACGGCAUAUGUGAUUUUGCCGGCACCCCUUGCAAUCAACUUAACCUGCCGGCUUGUUUGUCUGAUACGAGUUUCUCUGCUCGCCGUUUACAGUUCAAAGUCUACAAAACGCCUUGUUGAAACUGUACAAAAUAAUCGCGUUUGGUCCAUUUUCGGCUCACUACAGCCGGUUGCAGAGGCAGGUACUGAAAGUCCACAUGCCAGUUCGCCUCAGAUGACGGCGAAUCUGAGAGAUAAGACAGUCGCCAAAUUUGCGGUGCCUUAA